CUCUCUCUGUCUCUGUCCAUUUGAUGGCUUUUUAAUGGCCGAGGCUAGAGCCGAGGGGACUCAAUCUCUUCUAGCUUCGCAGCAAUGGCUGUUAAUCAGUGUCAGACUGCAGCUGUGUCGAAUGGAGUUCUCGUUCAAGAAAAACUAGCGAAAGUUACUAGACUUGACGAGAGGGAGCGUCAUUGUUCUUUAGAAAUUUUGCCGAUUCUCUUUGAGAAGACUUCGUUCCCCUUCCAAAAUUCUUUGGCCCGUGAUUCCUCUAGCUUUUUAAGUACCGAGGGAUUCGACAACAGUCCAGAGUGUGAUCCACAUUUGGCUUUCCUCAGCUUCCUGGAAGUUACCCAUCCAACAAAAACUAGGAUGUCAUUGGAAACUUCAGAUACUCGCUUGACUUGCCAGAACGUAAUUGACAUACACGUGAAUGCUGGUGAUGCUUGUUCCUCGUGCAUAGUAAAUAUUGAUAUUGACAAGGACAAGCUGGACAAGCUCAAAACAUCUAAAUCCUGUGAAGGAACUUUUGAAAGCUUGAGAACUGAGAGUACAUUAGUGCGCAUUGAGAAGGUACUGCAGAGACAGUCCAGUCUUAAAAUGGGGGCGAAACUUGUGCAAUAUUUGUUGGAUCAUGGACUAAUGUUGCUGAAGUUCUCGUCUAAAGAAAAAUCAGGGAUCGAAAAGGCUCAGGACGCGUCAAACAACAGGUGGAGAAAAUAUAAACGUUCUGCUUCAUUUGAUUCAAGAAAGAUUGUUGUUCUUUUCUCGGUAUUGUCAAGCUUGGGAACCUUGAUAUUGAUAUAUUUGACUCUGAGAGUUAGGCAGCAGGGUGGGGAUGGAUCUGUUGCUAUGUAGUCUUGUAUGGUCCUUCUCCUUUGCCUUUCUACAAAUCUAUUAAAAUAGUUUGUUUUUAAAUUUGAUGUUCUUAUAGAUCAUCUUAUUUGUACAUAAAUGUUCUUCCACUUCAUGGCUCCCGUAGGAACUGAACACAGUAGUGUGUGAUUAGUGAAUGUGUUUUGGCAAUGGGAUGAUCCCCUCCUUGGCAAAGAACUUCAAAUCCUUCAUG